AAAACAUUCCCCAUCUGGUUAUGUCAUCAAAAUGGACACAAAGGACAGGAGCUCCCCUGGCACCUCAGUCAGCUGCUCCUGGCUGGCAGAGCUGCAUUUCCCCAUCCUGACUUCACGUGUAUCCCAUAAUUACCAGUGAAUCAGUCGCUAUUCAGCUGAAGUCCUUUCAUUGGGUUGGGGGCUGGCCGUGGGCACGUGGAAAGGACUCGUUUUUGGCAGAACGAUGGUGAGCACAGUGCCCCACGUGUGCAGCUGUCUGCCUUCCUGCUCAGUUGCAUUCGCAAUCGGAGCGUCCCUCGUGCUGCACUCUGCUUUUCUUCCUGGCGCUGAGCUCUGUGUGGCAGCUCGGGUGGCAGCCAGAAGCACAGAAAUGUCUCUUUUAAAGGAAAUCACUUCACGCCGCUUCUCGAGAACCCUUGAAAAGCACUGGGUGAGCUUUCAUUGGCAUCUCCCUCCCCCCUGCUGCUCUCCGGGCUGUUGAUGCCCGACAUGGGCCUCCAUGCCUGAAACAGCUCGGCUGAGCCUCCUGCACGCAGGCUGUGUUUGUGAGCCCUUUGUUCUGUGCUCUCUGGGUCUGUGCUGGGGCCGUAUCCUGAGCUCCACCCUGCACGAGUCCUGGGAACACGGAGAAGGCUCUGCCCGUGCACUGGGAGCUGGUACAGUUUCCAAUACUGGAUGCAAACCCAAAAAUAGAACAGAAGAGUUCCUCUGACCCACCCCUCCCUGCUCUGCAGUGGGACAGCGGCCGUGUUUCGCAGGGGAGCUCUGCCGAGAAAAGGGACCCCCGGAGCAGAGGCUGUGCUGGAGCAGAGCCUCUCGGAGGAGAUGGGACUUGGAGCAAAGAGGGAAAAUGUGAGCAGAGCGCGACCCGGCUUGGCGGUGAGACCGAAGAUGACCGUGGCUUCUCGCCUCCUCCCAGAGCCUGCAGCAAGCUGCACCCAGGCUGAUGGCUCCAGCUUGCAGCCCUGGCCCCUGGGAGGGCUGGAGGGCCCCGUGUGCCGCCUGAAGAUGGACCGCAACGAGGUCCCCCCAUCCCACCUGGAGGUGGUGGGGGUCCUCACCCGCUAUGAAAGUGCCUUCAUCAAAGUGCUGCGCGCCGGGUGGGAGCACCGCAGCCCCGAGACGUUUGGGCUGUGCCCGGGUGGGGAUGCAAAAACCGUGCUCCGACCGCUGCAGCAGCUCCAGGAGCACCUGGCGGGGCCGGGCAUGGGGCUGCAGCGCUUCCUUAUCCUGCACCUGGAGGAAGUGAAGUGGGAAGCACAGCCCCGGCUCUGGUUCAGGCUGCCGUUCCAUGCGGAGGUGGGGCGGCUGCUGGGAGAGCUGCACGUCGCUCUGCUGCUCUUCUACCCGGGCAGCCCCACGGGGAGACGGGCUGAGGGCCGCCAGGAGCUGCUGGUGGAGGGCACGGGGCUGACACAGGAGCAGAGCCUUUGCUUCACUAGGGACACCCAGUACCUACUCCUCAGAGCCUCGGUGGCCGCCGUGAGCAGCAGCAGCAAGGAGCUGAGCUUCCAGCUGUCCCUGACCAUCAGGCACCAUGGGGAUGGAGGUGCCCCUCUGUCCCUCAUGGAGACCCAGCAGCUCCUCUUUGGCUCAGAUGAGAAGUGUUUCACCAGGAUGACGCCGGUGCUGCUCCUGCUGGCCGGGUCACCACCUGAGGGUGAUGCUGCCGCCCCUUCCUCCUAUCUCUCUGCCAGUGGGGUGGUGGAUGUGGCUCCCUACCCACAGCUCAGCCCACCCCAUCCCGGCACCGCAGAGCUGCCGCCCCACACCACUGCCAGCCCAGCCAACACCACAUCCCCAACGCCUGGGGACAGCGGGCAGUUCCUGGGUGUGCUGACCCUCUUCAUCCGCCGGGUGCUGAGCCCCCGCAGCGAGCCGCCCACCCAGCCCAGCUCCCAGCACUGGUUGGACUUCCAGAUGAUGGAGACGCUCCCUCACCAACUACUCAACCUGUCGGAGACGGCCGCCCUGGAGCGCCUGGUGCAGUCGGAGGAGCCCUCGGUGCUGCUUUUCCCCCAGGAGGGCGGCGCGGGGCUGGAGCAGCAUUUUGGGGACUGGCAGCCAGAGGGGACGGUGCUGCAGCUGCUGAUGGGCAAACUGCAGGCGGUGAUCCACGAGCUGAGGGACAUCCCGGAGUUCCAAGCCAACACGGGGCUCUUCCAGCACCUCCUCAGCUUCUGCUACCACCCUCCAGGGCCGGCUGCGGGCGGGCAGCCCCCAGGCUCAGGGAAGCUGCACGCACUGCUGCUGCUGAAGGCGCUGCAAACGGUGCGGGCGCGCUGGCAGGAGAGGAGGAAAGUCCUGCGGCAGAACCGCAGCGCGCGGCACCAGGCGCACUGCAGGCUGCAGGAGCUGACCAUCGACCUGCGCGACCGCAACUUCAUCGUCAUGCCCACCAUCUACGCGGCCAACAACUGCGAGGGGCCCUGCAGGCUGCCCCUCUCCACCCGCGUGCCCGGCUACCACUCGCACACCGUGCUGCUGCUGGGCAUGCAGGAGCGGGGUUCGCCGCUGCAGCGCGCUCCAUGCUGCGUGCCCGUCCGUUACUCGGACCAACUCAUCAUCAGCGUGUCGGCCGAGGGGUUGGAGGUGCGCAAGUUCCCCAACAUGGUGGCGGAGGAGUGCGGCUGUCGGUAGGGGUUCCCACCUGCAGUGCUCCUGGCUGAGAUGGGAGUGUCCCUCCGCGUGCCUUUUCCUCCUGGUUGCCUCCUAGCAUUGCUCUGGUUCUGUUUUUACUCUGUGGGGCUGUGCUGCCCUACAUCCCCCUGCAGUGUCUCGUGGCUGUACCCAUCCCUGAGUCCUCGGGGGCAAAAACCCCCGGUUCCACUCUGCCGUUCCAUGGGGUCCCAUCCCCACACUUGGCCAUGGCAAUGGCUGCAGUGCUGGGCUUCCUGCUGGGUGCUGCUGUGCUGCUCCACGCUGUCACCGCUCCCCAGAGCACAGCAGAUCCCAUUACAUGUCCUAACAUUAACAGUGUUAAUGACAUCAACACACAGAGCCUGGCUGCCCUGUGCCAGCUUCCAGAUGAGCUCCAUGGGACCCCACCACCCGGCUGAGCCCCUGCGGUGGGACAGGAGCACAGCUCCCCACCCCCUCCCUCUGUGCUCUGCAUUCUCUCUUCUUUUCACAAAACACAAACGUAUCCAGAAACAUGGUAUAUAUAUAUAUAUAUAUAUAUAUAUGUAUUUUAAGACAUUUAAUACCUUCUUAAAAAUGAACAUCAGUUUGUUUUAACCACUAUUGGUUUAGUGAAUACUCAAACCCGCUGCAGUCGGGGUCUCCUGCAGUUGCUGCAGCGCUGUGUGGUACUGCCCAUGUGGUUUCUCCUUCAAAGCAGCUCUGCGGGGCAGGACCUGAGCUCUGGUUCUGAAGCUUUGGGCUUCCUGCAUUGAGGCCAUGUGUCCAUGCUCCGAGUGCAGCUUGGCUUCCUUCACCCAGAACACACUUCUCUCUUUGAUUUGUUUUUCAAUAAAACCAUUCACUGAAUUCAAGA